ACAAGCGCAGGAUGGAUAUACUGUAGAUGAUUGGGCUGAAAAGCGAAAGGGUAUGUGGGGAGAUUUUCUUUUUUUUUAAAUGAAGUUUUAGUUGCCGUGAUAUAUUUGAAAUGCUUCUUCGGUUUUUACACAUUCAAAAUCACAAUCGUAUUUAAGCUGAACGUAUUCUUCGUUUUUUCGCCUGAAUGAUGGGGCGGGGUUUUGAACAUAACAAAGACAUGAAAGGCCUCAAGGAGGACAGAAUAUUUUUGCUCAGCAAUUUCCUGUAUGGUGGCACCGCUUUCCUGGUGCCCACCAUCCUCACAUUUCCUGUUUACAAGACUGUGUUCCGCCAGCAGCUUCACAGCUCUCUAGUCCGUCAGGCAAUAGGCCAACUCAGAAAGGAGGGUUUUCUGAAGCUCUACAGGGGGGUGGCACCCCCUUUAUUGAUUAGAACCCUGAAUGGCACUCUACUAUUUGGGCUACAUGGCUCCUUCCUCCACCUCCUCUCACGCUCUUCCACCAACAUCCCGCUCUCUGUGCUGCCAGCUGUGGCCGGGCUCGGCACGGGCGUGGUGGAGGCUAUUGUGUUCACUCCGUUUGAGCGGGUUCAGAACAUUUUGCAGAACGGAGGCAAUGACCGUAGCCUGCCCAACAUGAAGAGCGUGCUGGCCCGGCUGUGGGCGGAGAGGUUGAGAAUUGGGUUCUACAGGGCCUUUAUCCCCAUACUGACUCGCAAUGCCCUGGGAAGCUGCAUCUAUUUCAGCCUUAAGGACCCCAUGAGUGCUGCUCUGGGAGAGAUGGGGCUUCCUCCUGUUGCCUCAUCCUUCCUGUCAGGAAUGGUCAACUCCAUUGUGAUCAGCCUUCCCCUGUAUCCCCUCUCGGUGCUAACGGCCAACAUGCAGGCUGCAGUAGAGGGUGAUGCAGCCAGAGUUGGUGUGAGGGGGAGCUGGACGUUGCUGUGGGAAGGUCGGGUGAAGAGGAGCGUCACCUUACUGUACCGCGGAGGUUCCCUGGUCAUCCUCCGGUCUUGUAUUAGUUGGGGCUUCAUCACAGCCAUCUACGAUCAGCUGAGGAAACGCCCCGUAUACUGAAACGCCACACCUCAUUUCUCCAGAGUGGGGCGGCACUUCAAAUGACACCCUGUCCCUGUGUGGUAGCUUUCUUUUUAAACCUUUAGUGCAAUACAUAGAGAAUAAGGUUUAAUUUACAUGAGAAUGUGUGUGUUCCGGUGCAUAUUUAAAACCAACCGAAUGAACAAAUAAUAAAUCUGCAACUGUUUUUUUGAAUGGAAACCCACUGUACUUUUGUAUUUGGAAUUUAAACAACAACCAGGAGAAACCUUCAUAUUGGACACAUCCAUCCUGUACACUCUAAGUUAGUAUAAAAGGUGAAGUGGAGAAAGAGGAAGGUUGAUGUUUAAAAUGGUAAGUCACACGAGUUGAGAAGUAAAACUUAAAUUCAGUUUCAGGCAUUUCAAAGGGUUAUUUAUCUUCACCGACUUUGCUGUAACCUGUUUUUUUUCCAGAAGUAUUUCAAGUUUUAAAUUCAAGUUGAUUUGGUUUCAGUUUCACAUUUGUAAACCAACCAUGGUCAUCAAUAUUGUCUCCCUUGCUGAACGAGUCAGAAAUAGUUUUAGGUAGUCCAGGGUGGGGGAUCAUACUGCAAGUGUAUAAAGCCAGUCCAUGCAAACUGAUAGACAGACCGGUGGAGAUUUUUAAAUGGGGAAUAACUCAGGCAUUCAUUGCCCAUUUAUUGUGUGGGCUACCUUUCUAUCAUUUUAUACUUGAAUAUCAACAUCCAGUACAUUCUAUAGUCUACUGUUUACAUGAAUAAUACAUUCUAUCUCAGAGAACAUAUGCCUGUGUGCCGGACUAUAUAAUGCAAUAUGUAUCUAUAAUGUGGCAUUUUAAUUAUGAUAAGCAUUGGACAUUUAUACUGUGUUUUGUGAUUUAGCAUAUGUUUUGUGAUUAAGCAGUGAGUACAAUGUAUUUAAUAUGCCUGUGCAUUAAUAAAUAUGUUUUGACAGA